AUGCAAUUUCAGACUGGUUGAAUUGCUGUCCAGUGAGUGUUGGGUUCCGUUAUCCUAGCAGACCUUUUCACGUAGUUCCCUCAUGUACUUGUCUGUAGCUCAGCUGCGGACACUGUUAGUCUCGUAUUGUUUUAGUUUGGUUUUAUACAAUCAAACUGCCGUCUGUGAGGAAACCAUUCACCCACAGGGUGCAGGAACCAUAGUUAGUGUUUUAUUUAGAUCUGAUACUUCACAGUGUGAUUCAAACUGCCUGUGUGAAGAAAAUAGACAAAGCUCAAGAGACUGCUCUAUUCAUCUCUGUAAUAGUUUUUGUGCCACAGGAGGCUUAAGAGGAUCUGUACUGUUUGGACCACCUUUCAUUAGCAUUGAACGCAAUGCUGCUGGUUGGUGGUGAUGAUUUGAAGAUCCCAAGACCUGCCCUUUGGAUGGCUUGUACACUAUCUGCCCUUACACCUGCUGCAGAUCUGGGGACGUACAGUGAAGGCAGCACAUGCCAAAGCAGUCCGCUUCCUGCCUUAAUGCGGCCGCCAGUUCCAGCCAUGCAGCCGUCCUUGGAUGUUAAACCAUUUCUUCCAUUCCCGCUGGACACCGCCGCUGCCGUCAGCCUUUUCCCCAAUUUUAAUGCGAUGGACCCAGUUCAGAAAGCAGUGAUAAAUCACACGUUUGGGGUUCCUCUUCCUCCAAGAAGAAAACAAGUAAUUUCAUGCAACAUCUGCCAACUAAGAUUUAAUUCUGAUAGCCAAGCCGGGGCACACUACAAAGGCACUAAACAUGCCAAGAAGCUCAAAGCACUGGAAGCCAUGAAAAAUAAGCAGAAAACUGUUACUACCAAGGACAGCGUAAAGACCACCUUCACUUCCAUCACAACCACCACCAUCACUGCCAGCUCUGACAAAGCAGACAGCAGUCAAGAGACAGCAACAAUAUCGAAAGUGACAACACUGGCAGCAGCAAGUGAUAGCACAACAACAGAAUCCAUUUCCGGCACAGAGAAAUCCUUUACGUCCAGUAGCUGCAGCACCACUCUUCCCAAGGAGACCGAAGAAGAAAAAGCAAAACGGCUGCUUUACUGCUCUCUCUGCAAAGUGGCUGUCAACUCUGCCUCACAACUGGAAGCACACAACAGUGGAUCUAAGCACAAAACUAUGCUGGAAGCUCGAAAUGGAGGGGGUCCGAUUAAAGCAUUUCCUCGACCAGGCCGUCAAAAGGCAAAACGUUCCACCAACAAAGGAGUUACAACCGGCCUGCAGAAUAAAAUUCACUGUGAAAUCUGUGACGUGCACGUCAAUUCAGAAACACAACUCAAACAGCACAUAAGCAGCAGAAGACACAAGGACAGAGCUGCAGGAAAACCUCCUAAACCCAAAUACAGUCCGUACAACAAGCUCCAAAGGGGUACCAAUGCACUUGCAUUGAAACUGGCCUUUCAGAAGGAACUGACUAAGCCCUCUGGCUGCUCGGGCUUUUACCAAACCCUUUCGCUGCCUGCGGCAGCCGCCGCUGCCGCAGUGAACUCACCAUUUACUUUGCGCUCCGGACCAGCAGCCACUCUAUUCCAGACCGCAGCCCUGCCUCCGGCCCUCCUGCGGCCUGCUCCCGGACCUAUACGGGCAGCGGCACACUCCGUUCUAUUUGCUCCCUACUAACUUGCCUCAGUACAGGAUGUGAACAUUAUAAAAGUAAUAAUAAAGUACUGCAAUAAUUCAAACAGGAACUAUGCAGUGAUAAUCAUGGAAUUAAUCAACAUGGAAAGAGACUGGACUCUACUCCCGCAGUAACAUACACAGACUUUGAAUGGCUGCAUCUUGGUUCAGCAAAGAAAUAAAGCAAUCCUUCCAGGGGAAAAUCUAUUAUACAGAUAAUAUGGAGUAGUUUUUUGUGUUGUAGAAAUGUAUAGGGUCUGCAAACUACCCAUAACAAUCAUCAGCCUUUUUACACAGUAUUUUUGUGUAAUGUUCCAUGUCGUGUGAAUAGUCUGUAAAUGUGUGUAAGGGCAUUAAUCUAAGGUCUUAUAUGUACAUUUAAUUCUCUCUGUGGGACAAAACAAAACAAUGGGUCACUGUGACAAAAGUCUUCAUUAUCUGUCAGCACAGUUCAGCAGCUUGCUGCCUGGUAUUUACCCAGUUAUAAACUUGUAAAUGGUGUCUUGUGAAUCUGUUGCUUUGUGCUGUAAAUUUCUGAUGUAAUAAUUGUCUAAUAUGAUUUUCAAAUAUUAGAAGGAAUGAAAUGGCAGAUGAGAUAAGUUUAAUUUUUAUAUGGCCUAAAGAAUUCAGGAAGGUCUGUGGCUGUUUAAUGGAGUUCAUAGUGUAUUAUUUUGGAGCAAAGCCAGGUAUUAAGCUGUAAGGACACCAUUGCCCAGAAAU